UAUAAAGUCGCCCUCCUCCCGGACAUAAACAAACCUCACCGGACUCGCUCGUCUCGGUCUUCGGAGCGCACGCCCAUCCUCGCCGCUCUCCAUUCACGCCAGGCACCGCCAGCCUAGCUCCAGCUCCUUUUGCCUUUCUCCCUCUACCGUAGGCAGGUGACCGCAGGGACAUGUCUCGGGAGCUGCAGGACGUGGACCUGGCGGAGGUGAAGCCUCUGGUGGAGAAAGGGGAGACCAUCACCGGCCUCCUGCAGGAGUUCGACGUUCAGGAGCAGGACAUCGAGACUGUGCAUGGCUCCAUUCACGUCACCCUGUGCGGGACCCCCAAGGGGAGCCGGCCUGUCAUCCUCACGUACCACGACAUCGGCAUGAACCACAAAACCUGCUACAAUCCCCUCUUCAACUCUGAGGACAUGCAGGAGAUCACCCAGCACUUUGCCGUCUGCCACGUGGACGCCCCUGGCCAGCAGGACGGCGCUGCCUCCUUCCCCAUGGGGUACAUGUACCCCUCCAUGGACCAGCUGGCUGAGAUGCUGCCCGGAGUGCUGCACCAGUUCGGGCUGAAGAGCGUCAUCGGCAUGGGGACUGGGGCCGGUGCCUACGUCCUCACUCGAUUUGCGCUGAACAACCCUGAGAUGGUGGAGGGCCUGGUCCUCAUCAACGUGAACCCUUGUGCGGAGGGCUGGAUGGACUGGGCGGCGUCCAAGAUCUCCGGGUGGACCCAAGCCCUCCCCGACAUGGUGGUGUCCCACCUCUUUGGGAAGGAGGAAAUGCAGAACAACGUGGAGGUGGUCCACACCUACCGCCAGCACAUCAUGAACGACAUGAACCCCGGCAACCUGCACCUGUUCAUCAACGCCUACAACAGCCGGCGGGACCUGGAGAUUGAGCGGCCCAUGCCCGGAGUGCACACGGUCACCCUGCAGUGUCCUGCUUUGCUGGUGGUUGGGGACAGUUCUCCUGCUGUGGACGCUGUGGUGGAGUGCAACUCGAAACUGGACCCAACAAAGACCACUCUCCUCAAGAUGGCGGACUGUGGUGGCCUCCCGCAGAUCUCCCAGCCCGCUAAGCUCGCCGAGGCCUUCAAGUACUUCGUGCAGGGCAUGGGCUACAUGCCCUCGGCCAGCAUGACCCGCCUGAUGCGGUCCCGCACGGCCUCGGGCUCCAGCGUCACGUCCCUGGAGGGCAGCCGCAGCCGCUCCCACACCAGCGAGGGCACCCGCAGCCGCUCCCACACCAGCGAGGGCACCCGCAGCCGCUCCCACACCAGCGAGGGCGCCCGCCUGGACAUCACCCCCAACUCUGGCUCCGCCGGGAGCAGCGCCGGGCCCAAGUCCAUGGAGGUGUCCUGCUAGGCGGCCUGGGUGGACGGCCGCUCCCCCCCACCCACCCCGGACUGUGGGACCACCAUAGCUGCCCCCUCCUGCAGCCCCCUCCUGCCCCCUGCCUGCCACACUGCACGUAACUCGGUAUUAAUCCAAAGCUUAUUGUGUAAGGGUGAGCUCCGGCAACGCCAAUGUCAGAAGGGAUUUGUCGAGGGCCAGGCGGGGGUGGGUGGAAGGAAAAGAAGCGCCUCGGUGGCCUGCUGGCCGCAGCCUCUCCCUCCCUCAGAGAUGCCAAACUGCCAAAAACGAGCAACCCAGAGGGGACUGUGUCAGGAUUCCAAGCCUAGGCCGACCUGGGCAUCCUGCUUCUAAGGGGCAUUUUUGUCAGAAGUCCAGCCCACCUACUUCCGGUUUCCUCUCCAGCUAAGGACCCACCGACCCAGUUUCUGGAAACAAAACCCUCUUCUGGUUUGGGCGGGGGGAGGGAACAGGGAAUUGUGGGCCACUCAUUUAGACAAAACAGGACAUGGGAAAAAGAGGUGGGACUUGUGUAGAGGCUAGACCAGUUUGGAAAAGCAAAUCUACGUAGUGACGUUGAAAUAGAUUUUUGAAGUUCGUGCAUAUGUAUAUGUAUAUAUAUAUACUUAAUGCUGAAGCAUACAAGUCUGCUUUUCCCACGUUCGUGUAAUGAACAUGAAAGCAGGCAAGAAAAUCUCCUGGCUUUACAAACAAAACAAAACCAAAAACGGUCUCAGCAAACGUUUGGUGUCCUGGGUUUAAGGCAUCGGCUCUGUUCUCUGCCUCCUCCUCCUCAGCCCCUGCUUCCCACCCCAAAUACAUGAAUGAACGGUUAUUUCA